ACUCUGAGUGUGAUUGGCAUAGAUGCAAUACAAAAGUCUUGGACGUCGAAGGAGGCGACUUUAAAUACUCUGAUAUUGGCCACGCCAUUUGGCUCUGUCGCGAUCGUAAGUCACUUUCCCCAGGCCGAGUCCCAAGCCCAGAUGCUGAUAUUCCUAGACUCCUGUAAGGCGAAAGAUAAAGACAAACAAUGCUAUGAGCAGCGCGACAAGAACUCGCAAUAUUGCACAGAACACUCCAAAGAGUUUCAGUGCAAUUUCCCGAAAUGCGAUUCCGACCGGGAUGAUUUUUCACGUUACUGUGAGCAACACCAUUGUGAAGUGGCUGACUGCCACCAUCGAACAUUCAUCUUACCUCGAGAUAUGGUGGGUCGAGAUGGACGGCGGUGCAUUCGACAUCAACGUUGUAUUGCCCCCGGAGAUUGCAAAAGUUACUCUCUUUUGGAUACCGAGGGAACCCCAACGAAGCUCUGUGCGAACCAUGGCAAAUGCCAAUUUUUACAUGGCUGCGACGCAAUUGUCCGAGACUCGAGAUUCUGUACUGAGCAUCAGUGUGAUCAACUGAACUGCCUGCAGCCGCGGGAUGUUCAUAACAACGUGACUAUGAGAUGGUGUUAUAUGCAUCGAUGCUCUGCCCCAGGAUGCCCCCACUGUGCUGAAGGUCACGGCCACGCCCACUCCCCGAAAUGCUUCCGACAUACUUGUCAGAGAGGAGACUGUUCAGAAAUUGUCAAAGACAGCAAUCCCAACUCUCAUUUCUGCCAGACUCAUGCCUGUGCCGAUCCUGCAUGUCCCAGUGAGUCAACAAUACCUGGCGGGUAUUGCGUGACCCAUGCAUGCACCAUACAAGGCUGUCGUGCGCCCCGAGAAACAGGCACUCCAUUCUUCGCCUCCUUCUGUAGACUCCAUGGGGAUGAGAGACAAGCGGAACAAGAGAUACACUAUGUGUACACCGCUGCUCCUUCUCGAGCAACAUCUCGCUCGGGUAGCAGGGCCGAUAGCUAUGUCGACCAUCGGCGAAUGCCGAGGAGAUAUGUUGACCAGGAAUACCAUUACCCAACAUAUCGGGAUCCGGUCCAGUCUGCAGAGGCUUAUCGUCGAUAUGUUGGCAUGGACAGAGAGUACAUGGCAAGGCCAAGAGUAAAUUGGGCGGACUAUGAACCGUACCCUUAA